UGAAAGAGAAACAUCAAUGUGAGAGAGAGAAACAUCAGAUGGCUGCUUCCAAUAAGCAUCACAACUGAGGCUUGAACCUGCACCCUAGAUUGAGAGGUCAAUACCCCUGACUAACUAGUUGGGUAUUGCAAAGGGGAUGGAAAUCACUGUCUGUAGCAUUGGUGGUGGUUACAGUGAAUCACACUUCUGGGUAUUCAUGUCCUUGUGAAGACCCUUUCCUUUCAGUCUGGACCAGAAAUUCACCUUAUUCUACCACAAACUACAUGGGGUUGGCUGAUACUUGGUUGAAUCUGAGUCCCAGCACAGUUGAAGAAUAAAGCAUAGUUGCAUCAGUAAUGAUGGCUCACUCAACUGGGAGCAUCUCUCUGGAGACCAUCAUGCAGACAUCAGAGACUGGGUCUGACACAGGUUCGACAGUGACUUUACAGACAUCUGUGGCUAGUCAAGCAGCAGUGCCUACACAGGUGGUACAGCAAGUACCAGUACAACAACAGGUACAGCAGGUACAGACUGUGCAGCAGGUACAACAUGUCUAUCCAGCUCAGGUGCAGUAUGUGGAAGGAAGUGACACUGUCUAUACCAAUGGAGCAAUCCGAACAACAACAUAUCCUUACACAGAAACACAGAUGUACAGCCAAAACACUGGAGGGAAUUACUUUGAUACUCAAGGGAGUUCGGCACAGGUGACGACUGUGGUCUCAUCCCACAGUAUGGUGGGCACUGGAGGGAUUCAGAUGGGCGUCACGGGAGGACAACUCAUCAGCAGCUCUGGAGGAACCUAUCUGAUUGGCAAUUCAAUGGAGAAUUCUGGUCACUCAGUGACACACACCACUCGGGCCUCCCCAGCGACAAUUGAAAUGGCGAUUGAGACGCUGCAAAAGUCUGACGGUCUGUCCACUCACAGGAGCUCUCUUCUCAACAGCCAUCUCCAGUGGCUGCUGGACAAUUACGAGACAGCAGAAGGAGUGAGCCUUCCCAGAAGCACUCUCUACAACCACUACCUACGACACUGUCAGGAACACAAACUGGACCCAGUCAAUGCUGCUUCUUUUGGAAAACUAAUAAGGUCAAUUUUUAUGGGGCUACGAACCAGGAGAUUGGGAACUAGAGGAAACUCCAAGUACCAUUACUAUGGGAUUCGUGUCAAGCCAGAUUCCCCUCUUAAUCGUCUGCAAGAAGACAUGCAGUAUAUGGCUAUGAGACAACAGCCCAUGCAGCAGAAACAAAGGUACAAGCCUAUGCAGAAAGUGGAUGGGGUUGCAGAUGGUUUCACAGGAAGUGGUCAACAGACAGGCACAUCUGUUGAGCAAACUGUAAUUGCCCAAAGUCAACAUCAUCAGCAGUUUUUAGAUGCAUCUCGAGCACUUCCAGAGUUUGGAGAAGUUGAAAUCUCUUCUCUGCCAGAUGGUACUACCUUUGAGGAUAUCAAGUCACUACAGAGUCUUUAUCGAGAGCACUGUGAGGCAAUAUUGGACGUUGUCGUGAAUCUUCAGUUUAGCCUGAUAGAAAAACUGUGGCAAACAUUCUGGCGCUAUUCUCCCUCUACUCCAGCUGACGGCACUACCAUUACUGAAUCAAGCAAUCUGAGUGAAAUAGAAAGUCGACUUCCGAAAGCAAAGCUGAUAACUCUGUGCAAACAUGAGUCUAUCCUGAAAUGGAUGUGUAACUGUGACCAUGGGAUGUACCAGGCUCUGGUGGAGAUUCUCAUCCCCGACGUCCUUAGACCUAUUCCUAGUGCCUUGACCCAAGCCAUUCGAAAUUUUGCAAAAAGCCUUGAAGGUUGGCUUUCCAAUGCCAUGAACAAUAUUCCACAGAGAAUGAUACAAACCAAGGUUGCCGCUGUAAGUGCCUUUGCCCAGACUCUGCGAAGAUACACGUCGCUCAAUCACCUGGCCCAGGCAGCUCGUGCAGUGCUCCAGAACACUUCUCAGAUCAACCAGAUGCUCAACGACCUCAACCGUGUUGACUUUGCCAAUGUCCAGGAGCAGGCUUCCUGGGUGUGCCAGUGUGAUGACAACAUGGUUCAGAGACUAGAAACAGACUUCAAGAUGACUCUCCAGCAGCAAAGCACCUUGGAGCAAUGGGCUGCGUGGCUUGACAAUGUGAUGAUGCAAGCCCUGAAGCCCUAUGAAGGAAGACCUAGUUUUCCUAAAGCUGCCAGGCAAUUUCUGCUAAAAUGGUCUUUCUACAGCUCAAUGGUUAUUCGGGACUUAACCUUACGCAGUGCUGCUAGCUUUGGCUCCUUCCACCUGAUUCGUCUACUCUACGAUGAGUAUAUGUUCUACUUAGUAGAACAUCGUGUUGCUCAGGCAACAGGAGAAACACCCAUAGCAGUCAUGGGCGAGUUUGGUGACUUAAAUGCUGUGUCUCCUGGAAAUCUGGAUAAAGAUGAAGGCAGUGAAGUGGAAAGUGAAAUGGAUGAAGAACUGGAUGACUCUUCAGAACCUCAAGCCAAAAGAGAGAAAACCGAGCUGAACCAAGCAUUUCCAGUGGGCUGUCUGCAGCCUGUUCUUGAGAGCAGCGUGCAACCGAGCCUCCUGAAUCCGAUGCACAGCGAGCACAUCGUCACAAGUACUCAGACUAUCCGACAGUGCAGCGCUACAGGAAACACCUACACUGCAGUCUAAGGAAUAUUAAAGUAUUGAUUUGUACCAUCACAUGCACAAAAAAGGCAAGCAAGACACCUUAAGCUGCAAAGACUGUGUACCUACUUUAUUGUGCAUUAGGAAACGUUUACAGGUAAAUUUAAAUCAAAAAAUGAAAGAAACACUCUUCAUCUGACUCUCCUUUCUGAAUUUUUUCACCUUACCCUGUCCACCACCCCAAGAACUAUCUGUAUUGGACCAAAUGUAUUUACAAUAUCAUCUUGUUUAUUGAACAGUUUUAAAUGUAUUUAUGAUCAUUGUUUCCUUUAAUUUAAUGUUGGAUAUAUUUGUUUUGUUAGAGGAAUCUAAUAAUAAUGGGAAUAUUAGAUUAAUUAAAGUUAGGGAUUGGGGAUCCUCCAGGAUUCAACAUUUCUUUCAAUUGUUCAUGGUUUGGUCUAAAUUUGGACAGAUUGGGAAUUAAUAAAUAUUAUUAUAUUUCAACUUGACUCACUAAAAAUAUUCUGAAACAUUAAUCUUUGUUAUUAGUGUAGACAGUUCUAACAGUAGACAAAUAAUUUCUGUGAUCUGUGCUACUUUUAUUUCGUGUUCACAAUGACACACACACAUAUACAAUCACAAAGAUCUUAACAAUUUUGAACUUGAAUUGUGAAAUACAUUAGAAAAUACAAACAUAAUUUAUACAUUAGAGCAGAUUGGAGCAACUGCAAUUAACUGCAUUAUCAGACAUUUUAGUUCCAUUUUUUCACUCAUUGAAACUGUGACUUUUCUGAGUAACAUUAGACACUAAUACUCUCAGCAGGUUUAUUGACAAGUGACAAGGACACAUGUUAAGAACUUCUUAAUGUUUCUUGGCAUUGUCAUCGAACACUAGUCACGAAACAUAUCUAAAUAGACCAAGUGAUGCACUUUCAGUGAGGAAAAAUGUAAGGAAAGUGUGUUGGCUGUUUUUAAGUUACAGAAAAGGUUUUUUCAUGUAAUAGGAUUGAGUAUCAUGAGUAGUUUGAUCUUCACAUAUGCUUUGAGAAUCAUACCCAAAAGAUUUGCAUUCAUAAAGCUAGUGAACAAGAGGGUGAAAUGGGAGAACCAUUGCCUUGGAACACAGGAUCCAAUUUAAACAAUUUUUUUUGGAUAUUGAGUAGCUGGUCACUUUUUCAGGAUUUUCUUCCAAACUAUGUUUGGACUGACUGUGUAAGUCUUACUGCCUUUUCAGAAAUCUGCUUUCCUUUUUGUGCUUUUUCUUGUACUGUAUAGCACGGUUCAUGCACCUCUCUUUAGAUGGUGUACUUUAAAAACAAAAGUAAAAUUUAGAAAACGGUUUUAACACUGCAUAACUAAAAUUAAUAGUGUGCAACAUUGACUGCCUUGGAUUUGUAGUAGACAAGUGAACAUGAACACGUUCUUGUAGAAUGCUGUCGAAGUCAUUCAGGAAUGAAUACAGUUUCAUUACUGUAAUCAUGAACCUUUUUACAUGGCUGCACUCUCUAGAAGUGCUAAAUGUGAUGCAUUUUCAAAUUUUAAAAAUUCUUCAGAUGAUAUAUUUGAGAUGUCUAAAAUAAUGCUGUGCUUGAAACAUUAGUGUAAAAGAAAAAAAAAUGUGUGUCACUGUGAUGUUGGUCCUCCCUGUGUGGACACAAGUAGAAAGUAAAAACACUUUGGCAAGUCACCUUUGUGUAUUUGAGGCAGUGGUUAUAUACAGCAAAUUGACCUUCACUGUAGCCUCCCCUCCCCCUUGUUCUUGGUGAGGCAACGGCAGCCUGCAGCUGGCAGAAAAUCAAACCAGCCCUCUGGAUUGGUGUGAAUCACACAGGAACCCCGGGGGAGAGGUGGUCAUGCAGUGCUAUUGAAAACUGGGCUUGUCACUAGAUCAGAUCCAACCUCCAUGUAUAUGGUUAGAAAAAUCAAUUAAUGGAAUCCUAGUAUUUCUGCAAGUUUGAUGAUUUUUUAAAAAAACUGGAAUAGAAGCAUUAAUUCAGUGCUUAGUUCUAGUGUUAGAAAACCCCUUUGAUGUAAUGCCUUGUAUUAACCCUUUGAGCAUUGUAAGAUAGACAGCGGGGGACAAAAGCCUUUCGGAUCCUUUAUUUAGACUUAGACUGGUAAAAUAUACUCUAUAUCCAAAUGUCUAAUUAUGCUGUUUUUUUAAAGGGGGGAUAGGAAGAGAAAGUGUUUUCAUGCUGAACACUUGCAUUUUAUAUACAACUCUUAAUUUUCUUCAAGAGGGCUUGAUAUAUUUAUUCCCAAAUAUUCACUGCCAUCUAAGUAAGUGUACUGUUUACAGAAACAAAAUCGACUUUUCUAGCAUCACAGCACGACUCUAGAAAAGGAGGACAGUACAUGGGCCUGUGGACCCAUGUCACAGCCGGUCUCUGCACAUCGAAAGUACCUAGAUUGCCUUUACAAGGUAUGAGAAAGGAAGGGUUACUUUUUUUCCAAAACAAAACGAAACAAAAGAUCUCAUUUAUUUAGCUUUAGAAAGUACAGUUGUUAAGUAAGCCUUAGGAAGAAAUGAGUUCAAGUGGCUAAAGAAAAGCUGAACUCUUUGGGGGCAGGUAAUCUACCUGGAAUUAGAUCUCUCAUAGCAUAUUGUUUGGGAAUUUCAUACAGGGCAUAAUUUUAUUUAUGCUCCAAAAGUUAAUACUUUGUCAAAAAAUUAUAUAUAGAUAGAAUGGAGAGCAAAGCACUUGAUCUUAAGCUCACCUGUCAGGAGAUGCUCUAACUACUGCUUCUGGUGUCUGUAAAUGCCAGUCUGCUCACACAGUUGCCGACUCUGUGCAAGGGGCGCUCUGCGUGUACUGGACUCCUGUGUCCCUGCGAGACAGAGCACGGGAGCAGCGCCGUCUGCAGGCGUGCUCGCGCUGCCCUGGCCGGGUGCACCCGAAAGUACGACCUACUCCGAUGUCUGGCGAAAGGACAUCCGUAGCCUAGUGCAAGUCUGCCAUAAACAUGGCUUUUAGGCAGCUGAGGAGGUCAAACCAUGCAAAUCACUCGUGUGUUAACAUGCAAUACUCAAAGGGUUUUGAUUUAACUCUUCUUUUGAAUUCUUCAUGAUGAUUUACUGUAAAUGCUUCUCAGUUUGCAUGCUCUGAUCAUUGCUGCUAGUGAUUUUACGUGCCAGUAGACCUGAGUUUAGUUUACCAAUUUUACUUAAAUAGUAAAAGCCACUUACAAAGUGACUGCCUAGGAUUUUUUCCUUUUGUUUGAAGUAAUUGGUAAUAUGUUAUUUUAAAAAAUGUGUUUCAUCUCUUCUUUUAUUGGUUCUGGUAUUUGAUUCUUUCUUUCCCUCUUUCCUUUGUUCUUUAAAUAAAUUACGAUGUUGGGAUUGGAAGCCCUGAGUAAUGAAAUCUUUGGUAAGAAUUGUGUAUGUAGCUCAAUAAUGAUGACAACAAAUCAUUGUUAGAGGAAUUUUGAUUCUGGGGAGGAAAAAGAAAAUAAAAAGUCGCAUUGACUGUUGCUGACCAAGUAAAUUGUUCCUUCCACGAAUUAAUGGUUUUGAACAAAUGAUUGCCUUGUUUAAACCUGCUAACCACAAUUUUAAAUAACCCAAUAAAGGAGGUAUUGAAUUUUAUUCGUUUAAAAAGUAUCUUUUGUACCAAAGCAAAUUUUUUUCUCUACUCAUCUCCAUCAUCAAUUGGGACCUAUGGUGGUGGCCAAUGUGUUGGUUACAGAAACUUUAAGUGAGUGCCUUGAGAAAACUUGGAAAUUUGUGCCUGGAGUGGUAAACUUUUAAUUAGGUUAAUUGUAGUGCUUACCAAUCAGUAAUUCUACUAUCACUCAGGGCUUUCGUACCUUCUAGAUAAAACUUCUUUUGUUGUGUUUUUUUUAAAUACUGUAUUUUUUUUAAGUGCCAUCAUUUAAAUUUCACUUAGUAAGUGGCAGAUGUCAUUAUUCAGUCCCACAAGCACAGAAACAUAGUAACACUAGGAGAUGUUUGAACAUUUAUUUCACAGUCGACUGAAUAUAUUAUGUAAAUGAGGUAAGCAACUUUUGUAGAGAGUGUGUGUGUGAGAUAAUGUAAUGUUCUUUUCCAGUUUUUGGACUACAGUUGAAGAAACUUUUUAAUUAUUUAAAAACAUCUUUACCGAAUAACAUGUGAUGGUUUUUUUGUAUAAUGUAUUUGAUUUUGUAAAUACGUAUUUCCUGAUGUGAUUUUUGUGAGAAAUGCUAAAUCUUUUAGUAUAUCAUGUCCUCUCAAAAUUGGCAGGAGCUGAAUAAUAGUUUGUGGGCGAUUUGUAUUGUGUACUGUACAAUAACUGGGGAACUUUUAUAAUUAUAAAAAUAUAUAUUAACUUUUAGUGUGUUGUUUAAACAAAUGACUGGAACAUACUAAAGAUAUUAGUAGGAUUUUUCUGAAUAUUUCAGACUUGAACUCAGGCUAGCUUUCUUGUGUUUUUCAAAACAAAAUGGUGU